AGUUCUGAUGUCCCUGUCUGUGUGUCAUCACUUGCACCAAACAGACCAAUAAAAUAAAGAUAAAAACUUGGUAAAAUUGCCAAUAAUUCAUUAAAUACAGAGUUUAAUCCAAUAAUAAAAUAAACAAAAAGAUUUAACUUGAAUAAAUGGUAAAAUUCAACGUAGAUACAAUGCCAUCACGGUGAAAAAACAUGCAGAACACGGUUAAACGAGAAAAUGGAAGAAGACGAUUAUAAGAUGAGAGACGAACCGAACCAGACGAUCGGCGGAUCUGACCGGAGAGGAGAAGGAACGGCGCUUAAUAUAAAGAGUAUAUAUAAGGGGAGCAAUGAGGCUAGGCCCUACAUCUCUCUUCCCUAAAAAGAGGGGACACUGAGGGAUGAGAUUCAUGUGAGAAUUCAACAAUCGUCAGCUAAGGAUCGGUGAAGAAUGGAGACUCUAAGCUCGCCCUCGAAGACCCUAUUGCUCAUCGGAGCCAUCUCCCUGCUUCUCUUGCAGGUUGUGGCUGUUAAGAGUGUAACACAGACUGAAGUUGACCCCAAGAUCCUUCAGGACAAAAUUGUUAAAACAGUUAAUGGAAACCCAAAAGCAGGAUGGAGAGCUGAUAUGAAUCCGUGGCUCUCAAACUUCACCGUUAGCCAAUUUAAGCAUCUCCUUGGUGUAAAGAAGGCACCAAAGGCUUUAUUGAAGGGCAUUCCUUUGAUUAGUCACCCAAAAAGUUUAGAAUUACCUAAAAGUUUUGAUGCUCGGACAGCUUGGCCUCAGUGUAUCACUAUUGGACAAAUUCUUGAUCAGGGACACUGUGGUUCUUGUUGGGCAUUUGGGGCAGUUGAGUCUUUAAGUGACCGUUUCUGCAUUAAAUUUGGGACGAAUGUGACUCUAUCUGUCAAUGACCUCUUAGCUUGUUGUGGCUUUUUGUGUGGUGAUGGAUGUGAUGGUGGUUAUACCAUAUCAGCAUGGCAAUAUUUGGUGAGAAGUGGUGUCGUUACUUCCGAGUGUGACCCUUACUUUGAUCAAACUGGGUGUUCUCACCCUGGUUGUGAACCAGCAUAUCCCACUCCCAAAUGCCAGAAGAAAUGUGUUAAGGAGAAUCUACUUUGGUCGGAGUCCAAGCAUUUCAGUGUUAAUGCAUACCAAGUCAGUUCUGAUCCAUACAGUAUUAUGGCUGAAAUUUAUACUAAUGGCCCUGCUGAGGUCUCCUUUACUGUCUACGAGGAUUUUGCACAUUACAAAUCAGGAGUCUACAAACAUGUCACAGGCGAGGAAAUGGGAGGGCAUGCUGUUAAACUCAUAGGAUGGGGAACUUCUGAGGAAGGAGAAGACUAUUGGCUCCUUGCCAAUCAGUGGAACAGAAGUUGGGGUGAUGAUGGGUAUUUCAAGAUCCUUCGAGGAACGAAUGAGUGUGGCAUUGAAGAAGAUGUAACUGCAGGAUUGCCUUCUUCAAAGAACCUGGGCAUAGAAUCCAUUCCUGGGGAAGCAGCUUCUCUUGUUGCUUCAGUCUGAGUAAGGGUGAUCCUACCCCAUACUUGCUGCUGCCUUGUAAUUUAAUCCUUGCCCUAUUGAUCUUAAAGUUCAUUUGUGAAAUGGUUUCAGUCUCUCAGACAUGAUGCCUAUAUUUCUGUGUAUAGUUCAAAAACAAAUGUUGUACUGUAACAUUUCCCCUUUCAAGCUUGUUACCGGUACUAUUCACAAGGUCAAGCUUAACUCACUUUGUUCGCUUAUUUUUACUCCUCAUUCCAUAAAAUAAUCUUCUGUCUUGAAAUAAAUACCACUGUCACUA